AUGAAAUCAGAAGAUGUCCAUAAAGGAAAAGGAAAUCAGAAUAUGUCCUACCAACACUCUCUUUGUGGUGUGAAAUGAACGUCAUAUGCUGAUGCACAACAGUAAUGAACUUCAUCUUAUCCACAAUUUCAUUUCUAGUAUUUUUCUUUGACAAAACAAAACAAAACUUAUGGAGCAAAAUUAAACCCACUAUUGAACCAGAUCAUAUUCAUACACAAACAUUUUCAUCCUUAGAACUACAAAAAUGAUGCAUAUACAACACCUAAAGUUCAUACAAUCUACUACACAGAUUCUGCAUACCCAAAAUCAGAUCAUACACACCAGCAUUUCUGCUGUAAAUUCUAAACAAUGCUGUAAAAUUUCACGUCGAGACCUCACAAUCUUCACCAACUCCUCACUGCUGCUCUUGACUGCACAGACUUUACACCCAUAUUCUCGGUUGGAUGCUCGGGCUGAGGAAAAUCCUGUCCCACCGCAGGAAAACACGCAGGAUAGUGAUGGAGAGUUUUCGGGUGUGCAGGCAGAGGAAAACCCAUUGCAAGCGGAGGAAAACACACAGGAUACCACAGGAGAAGUGUCUGAUGUGCAAGCAGAGGAAAACCCAUUAGAUAACAAAGGAGAAAAUGAGCAGAAAGUAGCAGAAACUAGUCCUAAUAAGGAUCAAACAAAAAGGGCAUUUUUAGAUAUAUCCAUUGAUGGGAAGCCAAUAGGAAGGAUUGUGAUAGGAUUAUAUGAUGAAAAAGUGCCUGUUGGAGCAGCUAGAUUCAGUGAUCUUGUUAGUGGGAAAGCAGGCAUAACUUAUAGAAGAAAAGAGUUUGUAAAAAUCAUGCCAAAUUAUGUUCAACAUGGUGGGAUUAGGUCAUAUGGGGUGGAUGCUGAACUUGCUAAUAGAACAGGGAAGAGCUUAAGCAAUGAUACUUUGGUUGGUGAAUGGGAAAGAGAGAAUGAGGAAGUUCCGGGGACUAAGAACUUAGCAGGAACAGUUAGUAUUAUUGUAAGGGAUCCUACGAAACCGCCACCAAAAAUGAAGUUGGUUGCUAGACAAGGGAAGCUUCAGAUUGAUCAGGAGGAGGUCGGGAUCGAGCCAAAUGGGACCGAGUUUACUAUUGCUAUAAAGGACUCGCCUGAGCUUGAUUCGUCCGCUUUGGUUGUUGGUAAAGUGAUUGAAGGAAUGGAUGUUGUGGAGAAGGUUGCUCAAGUUAAGACUGUGCAAGAAAAUACUAGCUCUCCUUAUUUCAGGGUGGCUAAGUUGAUUGGAGACAAGAGAGCUGUAGUAGCAGAAAGGGGCUUCAACCGGCCGUACUCGAAAGUGAUAAUCACAAAUUGUGGUCUGCUUGAAUGACAUUGGAAAUUCACUAAAUUCAUUCUUGUUCAAAAUUUUGCUAUAUAGAGUGAAUAAAUGGUGUAUUAGAAUACAAAUUUAUUGCUUUUUGAAAAUGCAAAACUAGCCAGAUUUAGUCACUAGUAUGGCUAAGAAAACGACCAUCAUCUUCGUCAUUAUACUCAGUAUAUCUCGCUCAUAGAAGCUACGAAUUGGGUCUAGAAAGGUUUGGAAGACAAUAGACCAUACUCUUAUCAAAGAAGAUAAGGAGGUUACGGUUAGUGGUAACAUAAUAACAUUAAUAAUUAUAGAAAACCUUAUCAUGAGAAACAAUAGGAAACAAGCAUAACGAACUAUUUAAUUAUUGGUACUAAAUGAUAAAAUUGAUAAUGAAAAUACAUUGAAAUUUAGUUAGAAUAAUUACUUGACAAGAUUUAAACUCAUGCUUGUUCUACUCUUAUCAAUUCUUGUUCUCACAAAAAUUUAUUCACAUCUAUUACCACUUGAGAAUGAGG